GUCGCAUCGCGGCCAAUUGAGCUCACUUGCCUGGCAGACCAAGUGUCACAGGGAGGAGGACGACUUGUGACCCUCCAAGCUCUCCCCUGCACUCCAGCCGCAGCCCCGCCGCUUCUGCCCCGCAGGUGCGCUGGUUCCCUGGAGCCCCCGCCCGCCGCCCGCCGCCGGCCCGAGCGCCCGCAGGAUCAGCUGAAGCUCGACGCCUGGAGGAGGAUGGAGCCGCGCCGCACCUACUCGGUCCCCGCGCUGCUGCUCUGCCUGGGUUUUCAUCUUCUCCAAGCAGUUCUCAGUACAACUGUGAUUCCUUCCUGCAUCCCAGGAGAAUCCGAAGAUAACUGCACAGCUUUAGUUCGGACAGACAGCAGUCCACGUGUGGCUCAAAUGUCAAUAACAAAGUGUAGCUCUGACAUGAAUGGCUACUGUUUGCAUGGACAGUGCAUGUACCUGGUGGACAUGGAUAAAAAUUACUGCAGGUGUGAAGUGGGUUACGCUGGUGUCCGAUGUGAGCAUUUCUUUUUAUCCGUCCAGCAACCCUUGAGCAAAGAAUAUGUGGCUUUGACUGUGAUUCUUAUUAUGUUGUUUCUUCUCAUGGUUGCUAGUUCCAUAUACUACUUCUGCAGAUGGUACAGAAAUCGAAGAAGUAAAGCAUCAAAGAAGGAAUAUGAAAGGGUGACCUCAGGGGAUCUGGCAUUGCCACGGGUCUGAAUGGUGCCAUCAAGCUUACGGUCCGGGAUGCACAGCAUGCUUGUUUAUGUUAAUAUUCCUAUUUUAUUAAUAAUAUUUAUGUUGGGUCAUGUGUUAAGACAAUGGUAUGUUUUUAAUAUACUGGGAAAAGUGUUUAUUUUUGUUUUAUUUUUGACUAUUUGUAUAAUGUACACAAACUAUUUAAUAUAGAAAGAAAAUCGAUAUUUUUGUAAGAAAUCACUUCCUGGGCUAAAUGCUUUAUUGAAAGCUUCAAAGCUUAUUUGCCUGCUGCACAAUGCUUAUGAGUAAAUAAUCCCCAGUUCAAUGCUCAGGAAGUAUCCACAAAUGACAGAUUUGUGUAAGCCUAAAUAUAUGGUCAAAUCAAUUUAAUAUUUUUCUACUCCUCAAAUCAGUGAUAACUGGUUUGACUAUAUCAUAGUUCGAAGUAUGAGUUGACACCACUGUGUCAUGUAUUAAAAAAGUGAUACAAUGGGCACUGAGAGAAGCAAAUAUGAAUCAUGUGCUACAUAUCACACAUUUGAAACAAACUAAACUGAGAGCCAUGUUCCCUCCAGGCCCAUCCUCAGCGAUAACACUACGUUUCUCUGCCUGGAGGGGAAGUGGACAAUUUCCUAUUCCAACCCACAAAUCCUGUGGAUGCUAGCUAGUGACUAGUCUAACAGAUUCUCCUGAAGUAGAAUGAAUUGAGAACUUAAUUUUAUACCAUCUUUUAUGCAAAUGGUAGAUAUUUUAUAGUGUCACAAUGUGUUGUGUUUUUUUGGUACAACAUUUAUGUGGCAUAACUGUUGCUCACGAGACAACUAAAAAAAAUCGACACUUAAAGUCAAAAUUUGUGCUUCUUUUUAAAAGUAUUUAUUUGCAUAGGGACUUUGCUGAAGAAAUUUUACGAUUAAAUCAUAGUCCAAAAUUUGAUGGACUAAACAUUAAAGACAAUAGCUCUCUGCAUUGUCUAAAGACAGAAAUAUAGUUCUAUACAACAGUUUUACCUUAAAAUAAUGCAGUAAGUAGCUUCUUCUAGAAUAUACAACUGUGUAUGUAAAAUUAUAUCCUGCUUCAGUAAGUGGGGAAAAUAAGAAAUAAUAAGUCAUAAUAUAUUUUCCAAAUUCAUUUGAAAGCUUUUAAAGUCCAGAAAUUUAACCACGCCUUCCUAUGAAGACUAAGAUGAAACCAGGGCCCUGCCUUCUGUCUUUUGUUUAUUUUUUUGAGAGAAACUAAGGUUUCUCCUCUGCUCAGAGCCUGUGGUCUCAGUGAGUUAAUAAGGGCACUUGCCAACUGCAUUAGGAGCCACAGCUGUCACCACCUUGAGAUCUCAGGGGAGACUGCCUCACUGAAUGCUACAUCUUUGGAUGGAAUCGCUCAGGAUGACACGCCUGGUCAGGAAGGGUCUAUUCUUUUUCCACCUUUCUUCCUGACGCGUGCUAGGGCAACAAAGAGAAAAUAAGCGAUGGUUGACCUCCGAAGUGCCAGGUGCCAGGACUUGCCUCCAUAUAGUGUAUCCCUGUGUUAUAUACCCUGGUGCAGUCACAUGAUUCUCAUCCAAAGUCCUGUGUGUGUGUGUGUGUGUGUGUAAUGUAUAUUCUUGUACAAACAUAUGUACACAUGAGCUCAAUCAAUCAUAGAAUUAUAGUCAUUUGGUGCUCUAUCAACAAUAUAUAAAACUUAAAAACAAGAUAAAUAAAAAUAAAAUCAAAUUCCGUGAGAUCUAAAAGGAUAGUUCUGUUUUCCAUUUAAUAGAGUUGAAGUCAAAUGUGCUGUGUAAGAACACAUUUUAAAUACUAUAAAUAUUGACAUCUACUGUAUAUAAACAAAUUCUGCCUAUUUUAAGGGAUCUUGAUUGUUUCAAAGAAAAUGUAUUGACUAACCAAGAAAUCAGCUUCAAUUCAUUUAUUUUAUUUACAAAAGGGAGUCAUAUUGGUUUACUUCAAGCAUCUCAAUUCACAUUACAUAGCUAAUUGUAUGUAGCUGGGGUGGAUUUAAUCUGUAUUUAAGAAUGUUUAAAAAAACUAACCCCUGUAAAAGUUAAAUAUUUACAAAUGCAUAUUAAAUAAUAAAAAGGUAUGACCCAGAUUGCUUUUCAUAAUGAAAGUAAGUCAAAUGAGGAUAAUGCUAAGCAAACAUAAAAAAACGAUUGCAAUCAGCUCAUGUUUCCUACAAACAAUGGAAAGAUUUGGUCUCAGUCUAUCUUCUUCAUUUUAUAGAUUUCUCACUAUAUUUCUAGAAAGGUCUAACUGAGAACAAAUUUAACAUACUGAGAACAAAUGCAAAUCCAAUGCAUAAAUGCAUAAUUUAUGGCUUCCCAUCAAGGCCACGCAAUAACUUACUUGACACACUCCAUAACCAAGGAUGUAAAAUUCUAUGACUGAUACUAAAGGUCUAACCUCAAAAUUGAGAUUUAUGUAAUUAAUAUGGUGAAUGUUAUAAUAUAGUAGAGCACUACUGUUCUUCUAGCCAUGUUUUUGCUCUCAUCUCUCUGCUUUUAAAAGUCAAAGCAAUGGGAGAAAUGGUGCACUGGUAUGAUUAUAUCUAACACAAACUUUUACUUUUUGUGUCCUUAAGGGUUAGCUAAAAUCAAUUGCUGUCAGGUAAAUACACUUUCAUGGAAUGAAUGAGUGAUAUUAACUUCUAAUUUCUAUUGAUUUCAAUAAUACAGUUUUAAAAACUUAUGUCUAAUCCAUUUUGUCAUUUUUGUUGCAAUAUCUGUUCUGUACACUUUUGGAAAAAUGUGUUUCAUUUGUUGCCCAAUAUUUUCAGUUUUUUUGUCCUACUUUUAUUCAUAUGGGAAGAGGGGGAGUAACAAUUUGUAUAAACAGUGUACUGGAGCACAUUUUAAUAUUUUAAUUUAAGAGUAAUUUUAUCUAAAACAUCUCUUAUUCAAAUUGGAUGUUAAAUAUGAGAUAAUGUAUUUUUCUCUUUGCUUUUUUUGCACUCUGUAAUUGCACUUUUUAAGUUUAAAGAGCCAUUUUGGUAUACAGUUUAUAUUACAUAUUAAAGAUGCUAUGGGACAUAAAAUUGUAUUGCAUACAGUUUAAAGUAACUUAUUUGAUAAUGAAAUUUAUCAGAGUACUGAAUUGUAUCAAUUUGUUUGUGUUCAAUAUCAGCUUUGAUAAUUGUGUACCUUAAGAUAUUGAAGGAGAAUAUACUUUACAAGAUACUAUUAAUGUUUAUUUAUUUUUGUUGGUAACUGGGGAAAAAAGCACAAUUGAAAAAUAAAAAUGCA